UCUGAAAAAUAUCACAUACUUUGAUUGCACUGAAAAUGUAAGAUGUAUGAUAAAAAAAAACUUUAUUGCAUAUAAAUAUUCCACAUACGGAACUGCAAAACAUAUGCAUAAACAAAAAACAAACAGUAUGAGCCUUUGAAUUGUGUGUAGGCUAUUUGUUUCAAAUAGAAAACAAUAGAAAAUCACUUUAAUAACAAAUAGGUAAUAUGACCGAAUUUGUUUAUUAAAUAUCAAUGAUACGUCAGACGUCGCACUUGAAAUUGGUGUCUUAAAUUUAAAUCCCACCUUACCAAAUUAGCAGUAGGCCCCAAGCAUUAACCCAGAAGACUAUUCACCUUAAAGAAAUAAUCUUUAUUUGAAUUGAAAUAUAUCAGUCACAUAUGGUUAAAUGGUUUCUGUUUGUUGUUAUUAAGCUUAGCACAUCUUAUUUUAAUAAUUUCUAUCAUUGCAUAACAAGUUUAACUACAAUGGUCGCCAUGCAUGGUUGGUAUCAAAUGGUAUACCCACAAUGCAAAGCGAGACACGAGCACACUGUCCUCCAUAUUUGUUUAUCAUGUUUAUGUCCUGAUUAACUGGCCGUGAGUUUUCAAGGAUGUAUUUAGCGACAUGAGAGAAGAACAGGUGCUUAAAUUCUCUUAGAUGUUUUUAAUUUGGACCGCUUUUCAAGAGUACCGUCUAAAUCGACUAAAAUAGCCAAUUCGCGAAAGACCAAGGGAAUUCGCCGAAUUUAGCGUGACUGAGGUAAUCGUGAUUUCGCCAGAUCGUGAGGGUCGCUUGAUGAUUAUUGGCGUUAAACAUUGGCCCUCUUUAACAGACGAUUUUGUUAACUGUAUGUCUUCGUUCUGAAUCCCGUUUUCCAUAAUCGCAUGCAUAGAGAGAGUUGACAAGCCAUGGGAAAUACGAGCUCCGCCAAAAACCGACACCCAUCGGGGGAUGAUGCAGCGCCCACUUUGACAGCCAAACACAUGGACUCCAACAUAAUGUUGAUUGAAGACAAUGACACGAAUUACGUUCCGCCUGCACAAGGAAGGCGUUCCAGGGCGAGUACAAUAACCCCUGGCCAAGAGCCCACCAUUAUGAUGGUUGGCCGGGCAUUGCCAACAGUAUUCAAGUGGGAAGGUGGUGGCAAGGAAGUUGCCAUUUCAGGCUCAUUCAAUGGGUGGAAAGGAAAAAUACCACUGGUGAAAAGCAACAAUGACUUCUAUACAAUUGUGGACCUGCCUGUAGGCGACCAUCAGUACAAGUACUUAGUCGAUGGACAGUGGGUUCACAACCCUGGGGAGCCAACAACAAGCAACAGUAUGGGGACGUUAAAUAAUGUAAUAAAAGUGAAAAAAUCCGACUUUGAAGUUUUUGAAGCACUAGCAAUUGAUAGUAGAAAUACAAAUGCUUCUAAAAGACACCAAGACACCCCUUCAUCGGGUUCCCCGCCGGGUGAAUAUGGCCAAGAAAUUCCUUCCAAACCAGCCGGCACUAAGCACAGUGCUCCUCCCUUUUUACCUCCUCAGCUCCUCCAAGUGAUUUUAAACAAGGACACACCAGCCCAUUGUGAGCCUUCAUUACUGCCAGAACCAAACCAUGUGAUGUUAAACCAUCUUUAUGCCUUGUCAAUAAAGGAUGGAGUAAUGGUUCUCAGCGCUACACACCGAUUUAGGAAAAAAUAUGUGACAACUUUGUUAUAUAAACCUAUCUAGUUACUUUGUUUUAAUUUACAAACAUGUCAUCAGAAUCUGGAAUCAACUUAGCAAGUGAAGGAACUAGGAUUAGCUUUUAUCAUCACAUCUGCAAAGGAUACUAGAGUUCAUCUCGACAUGGCAUUAACAGCUGUGCUUAGCCAGUGUUUACAAGAGAUGUUUUCAAGAAACAUUUACAUGAGAUAUUUACAAGAAACAUUUACAGGAGAUAUUUACAAGAAACAUUUGUAGGAAGGACAGGACAACCUUGGGUAUUCACCAAUUGCGAAUUUCAAAAACAGUUGACAAAUUUAUUUUGAUUUGGCAAAAUAAUUUAUAUUUUAUUAUAAAAUAUUUGGGUUUCUGCAAUUUUUGAAGUUUAGUAGAUAAUUUAGCAAAAUUUUCUGCUGACCCAAAGCCAUAUGUUUAACAUUUAAAAGAGAUGUUUCAAGCUGUGGAGUAGAAACCUGAUUUACAUCCUCCAGCAGAAUGAAUCGAACACAUUUACAUGAAAUGUUUACAAUGAACAUCUGUGAAAGAUGUUGAAUAGAAACAUUAACAGAUGUUCCAAGAUGUGGAGUUGAAACAUGAUUUACAGCCUCCAAAGACGAGGAAUUAAACAGAAUUAAACAUGGCUUCACAUUAUGUACUUUCAACCCUGCUGAAAAAAAAGCUGAUACAAAUUUUGUGAUGGAAGUUUUAUAGUUAUAGGAUAUUAUUUAUUUACAAAUUGUUCCAAAUUUCUAGGGCUGUACUUGUGAUGUUUGUUUUUGAAUAUAGCUAAUGUGAUACUAUUAUAGGAGUUAUAUUUAUGUAGUAGUGCCACACACCUGUCGUUUACAAAUAUUAGCUACUUCCAAGGAAACUAUCCAGAGUUGGUAGCUAAUGUCAUAUUUGUUUUCGCCAAUGUAGUCUUUUUUUUUUCUUCUUUUUUUUUUUUGCCUUCUUUUAUUUUCUUUCUUUUUUUUCUUCUCUAAAAUUACAGUAUAUUUAUAUGUUUGAAGUAGAUUUAUAUGGAUUUUUUCCCCUCUACUAUAUAUCAUCGCUAACAAUUUAUUUUUUCUUUCAUCUACCAAACACCAUUACCUGUAAUUCGCUUUCAUGACUACAACUAUAGCUAGUCCCUUUAACUUCCAGCAACAAAUGGACAGAUUGACAAACCAUUACUGAAAAGUCGUAUUUAAGAGGGUUGACUAAUUCUGUAAUUAUGUACUUAAGUGCACAAUAACUCGAAAAUAUCAUCAGCUUUAAAUAAUGUCUAUGGCAGUGUGAUUUGAUUUCCCAUUCUGAUGAUUUGUUUGAAGUGUAAUAAUAUAUCUAUAUAUAGUGUACAUUGCAAGUAAUGAUUACCAGUGCUGUUAGCGUAGUAUCUAAUGUGGUGUGACCGUAAUCCAAUUGUGUACUACUGCGUGUAAUAUUAUGUAAAUAUGUAAAUUAACCAGUCGUUUGCAUGUCUUGUGAAGGAUACAGUGUUAUGUUUGUGUACGUUUGUUGUGUUACUAAGGUUUAUAUAAGCAGAAUAUUAUUGUAAUCUUGUGGUAAUAGGAAAGUUAUUUGUUUACAAAAUGUCGUAGGUUAGUUUUCUGAAGGCAUGUAGUAUGUUAACUUGCAUAUUAAUUGCCAAAAUUUUGCCACAUAACCUUCAAUGCAUCUGUAUCUCACCGUAUUCCAUCUGCUAUCGUGUUUUCAAAUUUGUUUGGUUAAAAACCUGUUCUGACCUUGAUAUUGUUUUAUCUUUUAGUAGACCAAUAAUAGUGCCAUUAAAUACUAUUUAUCUUACAAGUUAUUUCAAAAUAUCUAAUUAUCAUAUCUGGACAUGAAUGUAUUCUGAGGUUUUUACUUCUUUACAAACCAAGUUUAAAAAAUGUUGUAACAUAUUUUCCAACUUAAUGCAAUUAACUUGUAUGUAAUAGACAGCAAGUUGAAGUUAUGACAUAAAUGUGUUCAUGUCAUGCUUGUUUGACACCCCUAAGUAAUGUUACAUAUGGUGAUAUGGGAUUUUUGGCUCCGUUAGAGAUGGUGUUUGACACCCCUAAGUAAUGUUACAUAUGGUGAUAUGGGAUUUUGGCUCUGUUAGAGAUGGUGUUUGACACCCCUAAGUAAUGUUACAUAUGGUGAUAUGGGAUUUUAGCUCCAUUAGAGAUGGUGUUUAAAAAGUGUACAGUUAUACAGAUUUAUGGCACUUUUUAACGGAGAAAAAACAACCUAUUCUUGGUACAAAUUUUAGGUUAACCAGUCGUUGCGACAUUUUGAAAACCGUAUUUUUUGGUUUAAUGCACAUGACACAACACAACAAUAAAGUCACCCAUCACCCAUAGUUUUUUUUUUUGUUUUUUUUUAGUUUAUAAUAAUCUUAACCAACUACACAGUACAGCAGGAAUAGUGAUUGGCCACCAAUUAAUAGUUAAUUUAUCAAACUGUUAUUACAAUGUACAUGGUCACACCAUCUAAGCAGACAAUCUGUACAAUGGUUGGUUUGUUGGUUUGUGUACUGUAUUAACAUUAUCCUUAUGAAUCCUUGAACUGUUAGUUAAAAUGGCAUUAAUUAAGUCUUUCUGCAUGGCAAUUUAAAUGAAAAUUCAGAUUAACAUUAUUAUUCUUAUGGAAACCUGAAUUGUUUGGAAUUCAUAUGGCAUCAAACAAGUCUUUGUAUAUGGCAAUUUCUGUGAAAAUUAACUAUAGUUUUGCAUGAGUUCGGAAAGUGUUAAAUGAUUUUUGUGUUUUGCUCAUUUAUUUUGUGAUUAAUUUCUAAUAUAUGUUAAGGUCUAGUAUAUGCUGUUUGUAAUUUAGACAUGUUUUGUUGUUUGUCUUACAUUAAAACAAAAUCCAUAACACCCCAUAUAUGUGUAGGAUGUUUUAACAGGGUUCGGUCUUAAGAAACAUUUUGAGUUAUUUUCUGGGUAAGUGAUUGUCCCAUCAACAUAUUAUAUGAGAACAUAUAUCGACGAUACUGAACAUGUUUCUUACUGGGAACAGUAUUGCAAAAGCUUAGGUAACUAAACUCAUUUCACAUGAGUUUUACCUAGAUAACUAAUUGUUUGGUUACACAAUUUAUUUUUACAUGACCGGUAAAGUUAUAAAUAAAUGAUACUGAAUUUUGUAACUUUGAAUUUGAGAAAUUAACAUUUCUCCACAUAACAGAUAGGCAAUGCGCGUAAAUUUAAAGUUGCAUAAUAAAUGUGAAUAGAACAAAGGUUCGCAUGAAAUAUUGUGCCCUUCUCUUAAUGUCCGUCAAUUAAAAUAGCAUCCUUUAAAUACAAAUUGUGUCGCACUGAGUCAAAAUAAAAAUAACAUUUAUCUGUAGCAUUGCCUUGUAGGUCAGUUUCAGUCAUUCCACUGACUGCUCGGUCCAGCCAGUGCACCAUGAAUUGUACAUCAAAGGCUGUGGGAUGGUGCAUAUAAAAGAUCCCUUGCUGCUAAUCGAAAAGAGUAGCCCAUGAAGUGGCGACAGCAGGUUUCCUCCCUCAGUAUCUGUGUGAACCAUAUGUGUGAUGCCAUAUAACUGUAAAUAAAAUGUGUUGAGUGCGUCGAUAGAUAAACCAUUUUCUUCUGCCACUGUAACGGUCAAUAAAUAUCACUUUCAGAUGCGAUGUUACCAAACACUCAUCUUCGUGGCACUGACAUCAGUGUCACCUUCAUAAUCAUCCUCGGUAUCGGAGUUUGUUUCAAUGUCACUCUGAUCCAUCUCUAGUCUUUCUGUAAUAAUUCCCUGAUAACAUUGUCUGUUUUGCCAUUGGAUUCUUAGAGCAGGGCAUAAUUCACUAAACUCUUGCAACCAUGCGAUCUUGUAGUGCAGUGCAAAGGACUCGCAAAGACUGCUUUGUUGAUUUAGAAAGCCUAAGAGGGUUUUGUGAAUUAGGCCUCAGGGCCCAUAUUUGAGUUGUCCAUUGAUGUUUUCAAUUGCCAAGAAUGAUUGGCCAUUCAUUAAUUUGAACCCUGUUUUACGUUGAGCUUGGCUAAUCAUACUAUGUGCCAAAAAGCUAACUUGCAAAUUAACAUGCUUUAAUUGACAUUUUGAUUUUGACCUUUAUGGGGGAUUGGAAAUCAUAGUGGUAUAGAUUUUGUAUUUGCUGUUAAUGUUUUACUAUAUCUUGGAUAAAAAAAAUUCUGUAGGAACAUUUAAAUUUUAAAUCCCAUUAAAAAAAAAACCCACAGACAUUUCUUUUUUAAUGGAAAGGUUGGUGUAGCAAGACCAGUUUAUUGAUCCCUCCAUCUGAUGUCCAUUCCUGAUACUGAUCCCCAGUAGUACUGCUGUUUAUUCUAAAUUAGCAGAUUCACACAGAAUGUUUACAUUUGUCUUUGAAUAACGCACAACACCAUGAUGUUUGUUUUUAUUGUUGGUAAUAGGAUACCCAAAAGCUCUUUCAUAUAUAAUAUAUGUAACUUUUUUCUCUCAUCUGUACAAAACAUCUGUAUGCAUACAAACUACUUGAAACUUGUGUGUUAAACUAGAAUUUUAUAUUCCAAUUCAAGAUGUGAAACGGUGAUACACCUCUAAACUGGACCCUCUGUAAACUGGAAUUCCCUCAACAUUGGACGUUUUUUUACAGUCCAUUGUUAAAUAUCAGUAUAUAACAGAACCUCUUUAAACUGGAGUUUUUAAUUGGUCUUGUGAGUGUCCGGUUUAGAUGGGUUUACAGGGCCGGGGCAAGGGGGGUCCCCAAAAAACAAAUUUGGUAAAAAUUAUACUGGUUAUUGAUAUUGACGUAUAUAACCUCUGAAUGGCUGCAAAAUGGUAUUUCAUUUGUUCUAAGAAUUCAUCUUUCCCCCC